GAGGGGGAGGAGAAAGUCAAAGCGCCUGCGCGGAGAGGCCGCUUUCCAUCCGGGUCCCCGUCCGUGCGGUGCAGCAGGUCGGUAGGCGGGAAAUGGCGACUGGCUGAAGGAGCUGGUUCUGUUGCUGCUGCGGGCUAAGCGGGAAAGACACCACGCGUUGCGCAGUCGGGACCAUCGCCGGAGCCUGAGGACACUUCUCUGUCGUCACAGUUAGUUUUACAUGUGGCACCCAUAAAAGAUGAGGCUGAGAACACGGAAAGCUUCUCAGCAAUCAAAUCAAAUCCAAACACAACGCACUGCCAGAGCAAAGAGGAAAUAUUCAGAGGUUGAUGAUAGCCUGCCUUCAGGAGGAGAAAAACCACCGAAGAAUGAAACUGGCUUGUUGUCUUCAAUUAAAAAAUUCAUUAAAGGAAGCACACCCAAAGAAGAGAGAGAAAAUCCUUCAAAACGGAGUAGAAUUGAACGUGAUAUAGAUAAUAAUUUGAUCACAUCAACACCAAGAGCAGGAGAAAAGCCUAACAAACAGAUAUCUCGAGUAAGACGGAAAAGUCAAGUAAAUGGAGAAGCUGGUAGUUACGAAAUGACAAAUCAACAUGUAAAACAAAAUGGAAAAUUAGAAGAUAAUCCUUCCUCUGGCAGUCCUCCAAGGACUACAUUGUUGGGGACCAUAUUUUCUCCUGUCUUCAACUUUUUUUCACCAGCAAAUAAAAAUGGAACAUCAGGAUCCGAUUCCCCAGGACAGGCUGUGGAAGCUGAAGAGAUAGUAAAACAGCUUGAUAUGGAACAGGUGGAUGAGAUCACUACCAGUACUACUACAUCAACUAAUGGAGCAGCUUACUCAAAUCAAGCAGUUCAAGUGAGGUCAUCAAUAAAUAAUGGUUUAGAAGAAGCAGAAGAAACAGUUAAUCGUGAUAUCCCACCCCUUACAGCACCAGUAACUCCAGAUAGUGGUUAUUCAUCAGCCCACGCAGAGGCCACCUAUGAAGAAGACUGGGAAGUAUUUGACCCCUAUUAUUUCAUCAAACAUGUUCCACCACUGACAGAAGAACAACUAAAUAGGAAACCUGCCCUUCCAUUGAAGACAAGAAGCACACCAGAAUUCUCCCUAGUUUUAGACUUGGAUGAAACACUAGUACACUGUAGUUUAAAUGAGCUAGAAGAUGCAGCACUUACUUUUCCAGUCCUUUUCCAAGAUGUCAUUUAUCAGGUUUACGUGAGAUUAAGACCAUUCUUCAGGGAAUUCCUGGAACGAAUGUCUCAGAUGUAUGAGAUCAUUCUUUUUACUGCUUCUAAGAAGGUGUAUGCAGACAAGUUACUGAACAUACUAGACCCUAAAAAGCAACUGGUCAGGCACCGGCUUUUCCGCGAACAUUGUGUUUGUGUACAAGGAAACUAUAUAAAGGACUUAAAUAUCCUUGGAAGAGAUCUUUCAAAAACUAUAAUAAUUGACAACUCACCACAAGCCUUUGCAUAUCAGCUAUCUAAUGGAAUCCCUAUAGAAAGCUGGUUUAUGGAUAAAAAUGACAAUGAACUUCUAAAAUUGAUUCCGUUUCUGGAGAAGCUAGUAGAACUGAAUGAAGAUGUUCGACCUCACAUCAGAGACCGAUUUCGCUUGCAUGAUUUGCUGCCCCCAGAUUAAGUACAAAGACUUGUCAAAUCACUGAAGGGGGAGAGAAUGCAGGACCCUUUUGGACUAAGACAAAAACAUUGCCAUUACUGUUGAAAUUUUGCAUUUUUGUACCCCGUCUUGCUUUUCUUAUCUUGGUGCCCAAUAAUAAUCAAGGGUUACAGAAAGAGACUUUAUCUCAGAUUGAAUACAUACAGUAGGUAGGCUAAAACAGAAGAGUCUUUAGAACUAGUGCAACUUCCAGUGAAAUUUUUUUAUGUACAGGACAUCUGCAGUUUAUAAAGAAUUCUGUUUCUGCCACCAGCAGUUUGACCUGUAGUCACACAGGAUUUUAUGAUAAUAACAGAGAUGAAAAUGGACUUUUAUUUUCUCUCUGUUUGGUGCUCUAAGUGGGUUUGUAGCCACUUUUCUGUUACUUUAAAAUUCUCAUUUCAACAGGAAUGGCCAGUAAAAGUUGUUUUAUUUUUCCUGUUAAGGUUUAUAACCUUUUUACAUUUUUGACCUGUAUUAGAUUAGAAUUUCAUUAUGCAUUCCUUUUAGUUGAGGCGCUUCAUAGUUUUCUGGAAAUAGUCAAUUUUUAGUUUUUUAUUAUACAUUUGAAUGGCCGUUUUCCUGCUUUGUCUGCCUGCAUAUUGUAUAUUUGUUUAAAAAUAUUCUCUACUUUUAGUCCAUGUAAGUUUCAUUUAGAACAUGCAUUUAUAUUUUGUUUCUGUAAUAUUCUACUGUAGGUGAAAUCUUUUCAAAAAUCAAGAGACUGGGUAGAUAAGAAUAUAUGAAUGACUAAUAUUCAAAAGAUUUAAACCAUUGUGAUGGCAUGUGUUCCCAAGUGGUAAUAUCUUGCAGUGGCACACAGAUUUGAUGGAUAAAAGGUAU